AUGCCCGAUGGUAAUUGGAUCCAGGCUCCUACAAGCUCGAAGCCAUCCUCCUUUGGACCAGAAGCAGUGGAAAGCACAGCUGAACUUGUCAAUUUGUACGGUCAAGUUUGGCGAGAGAACGUGGCUCCUCUGUCCAGUCAUCCCGCGCGAAGUGCAAAUCUGCAUUCUUGUGAUGACCACUUUGAAGACAGCGACGAUAACAUGAGCUUGGCAUCCAUGACAUCAUCUUCGUCGUUGGAUCUCCUUUCUGAUGCUGGCUCCAUUGAACUUGGAAGGCGCAGAGUUCGUACGCCAGAACCCAGAUUUAAUCCUGGCAAGGAAAACAUGGCAAUCCUGAUUGGCAGUUCUGAUGAUGCUGUUGUUGAUGACCUGUCUCUUCCUUCUUUAGGCUACACUGGCAAGCAAUCUGAACAAUCAACCCCGACCAAGGCGCCCACACACCACAACAUCAGAAACAUCAGAGACCAUCUAUCCUCGCAAAACAGAAUACCAAAAAUUGAGGCCCCACACCAAGCAAACAACCGCACAACCAGGCAGCACUAG